AUGUACCUCUGCGGGACGCCUCUCGCUUCUUCCAUGGAGCGCGUCCGACGAGCGUCCGGGCGGUGCCGCUUCAACGUACCCCGCAUCACCAGGCUUCUGCUUCCCGAGUAUGUGAAGCACAAUGACGACGGGCCCAUCCGGGAGUUCAUAUCAUCUCGUCUGAGCAUCCUGGACUGCAGGGGCCCGCAAGGCUCCACAGGCGGCUCAGGAAUCAAAUGGUUCAAGACGCUCGACAGCCGGCUCGAGGGCUUCAUCUCAUGCAAAGCCUGCUACGAGGACAUUGUUCUGGCAACGUCUUUCCGACGAUAUUUCGUCGCCAACGAGGCGUCUCAGCCGCCCGAUACCACCUGGGCUUGUGAUGUUUGCCUGCCUUUCAUCGCGCGGUCGCUGGUCAAGUACUCCAAGAGGACCACGGACGCCUGGGAGGAAUGGGUGAAGGCCGCGGUCAAGCACAUCAACCUCCCGCAGUGCGAGAAGAAACCGGUCUCGCCCACCACAAGACAGUGGAUGCAGCUACGUGAGCAGAGGUUCCCCGGGAUGAAGAUGUGCGAGCGAUGCUACGAGGAAACUAUUGCUCUCACGCCCAUAGAUGGAAACUUUGAGGUGUUCCCCCAGCAGCCCAGCCACACAGGGCUGGACUGGAUGGACGUGGCUCUCGGGUACCGGACCGUGGAACCUUCCCCUUUUCUCUGCAGCGCGACGAGCCUCCCGGUACGCGUCUCGAUCGCGGCGGCGAAUAGCCAGAAGGAUGUCGGAGUGUUUUACAGGGCGCUGGAAACUAUCAUUCCGAGUCCCCACUGCACCGAGCAGGGCAUCGUCGGCGGUGUCUGGUACACCCUGAAGGGCGGCGAAUGCGAUAGCUACAGCAUUUGUGCCGCUUGCUACGCGGGCUAUAUGAAGACGUGGCAACUAGGCCGCUUCUUCGAGCAAACGAAGGGGCUGGACGGCACGCAAGCUUACCUCUGCAGCUUCCAGCGCUCGGCCCCUCGUUGGUUCCAGCACAUGUACCGGAUGCAAGAGGCCAUCGACACAGGCGUCUGGUCCCGGUACGCGGGCUUCGUCCGCAAGUUCGAUGGGGUCCCGGACUGCGCCAGAGAGACGCAGGUCGAGAACCGCAAGUGGUACGGCUGGGACGACUGCACGAUCUGCCCGGAGUGCUACAUUACGUCCUGCAAAGAGUCGUCGCCGGGCCCCGGCGUCGAGAUGGACUACGACAACCAGCUCGUCGCCGACAGGAGGAUGUGCUGCCUGUAUUCACCCCGGAUGCGGCAGAAGUGGAUCGAGGCGUGCGAGAAGGGCGACGCCGGGUCGCUGGUCGAGUUUUCGAGGCAGCGACACGGGGUCUACGUGCAGACGGUGCUCCAGGUCCAGAUGCUUCGCCAGAUGCAGGAGAUGCAGAUGAUGAACGCCAUGCACGCCGGCCUGAUGAGCGUCACGUACCAUGGCAUCGAGGGCAUGAGGAUCGUGUCCGGGACGACGGACGGGUACGAGCACGGCAACGGCACGCUCGGGUGGCACGCGACGGAGGAGGGGGCCACGAGCGCCGCGUUCCAGAACCAGAUGCAGUCAGGCAUGAGCCAGGCCAACAGCCCGAGAACCUGGAUGAUGAUAGCACAACUGACCAUGCAGUGGAAAGAGGUUGAGUGA